CUACCAUCACUCUCGUUAUACCCCUAAACCCACCAUAUCAACUUAAGCCGUGAAAUUUCUUACCUUUAAAAAGAGGAGUCCUCACGCCAUAAAAAAAGAAAAAUAAUUUCUUAAUUCGCAAAAGUUAUCAUAACAAGCGCGCCUCCUCUCUUCUUUGACAGAGCAAAUAGUAAAUACUAUGCAGCUGCUGCCAGUCCGCCUCAUCAGGUCUCUGACUCUUUCUUCCUUACCAGUCCACACCGCCACCACCACCACCCUUCAAGAGGUUGCUUCUUCCCGCCCAAAAGGUAUUGCCAAGGUCAUACUGAAAAAGGGGAAAAUACAACUCUUCAAGGAUGGAAGCCCUAUGGUAUACAGUGGAGCAGUUGAUAGAAUAAUUGGCAGACCACCUCCUGAGACUGGAGAUAUUGUGCUUGUAGCAGAUGGGACUCAGAAACCAAUUGGAUGGGGCUUAUAUAACUCUAUUUCUAUGUUCUGUGUUAGGCUCAUGCAGCUAGAAGAGGAAGCGUCAAGGGAUCCUUCUUGUGCGUUAAACAUGGAAACACUUAUAGAGACGAGAAUUCUCGAAGCUAGGGAAUUACGUAAAAGUUUGGGACUUCCUUCAGCCAAUACUAGUGCAUAUCGUCUUGUUAACAGUGAAGGAGACAGAUUGUCAGGUUUAAUUGUUGAUGUCUUUGGAGAUAUAGCCGUAAUUGCAUCAUCGGCUGCUUGGGUUGAGAAGUACAAACCAGAAUUAGAGGCUUGCAUCCAUAGACUUGAUGAAAUUAAUCAUAUAAAUUGGAGACCUUCUGUUGAAAUGUUAAAGGAAGAAGGAAUGGAUGUGUCAAAUUUGAAAGAAAUGCACCAACAUACUUGUCCUGAAAGAAUAAAGGUUGUGGAAAAUGGUAUUUUCUAUGCUGUUUCAAUGAAAGGCCAGAAAACUGGAUUUUAUGCUGAUCAGCGUAAAAACCGCCAGUUCAUAUCAACAAUUUCGAAUGGUAAGAAGGUUCUUGAUAUGUGCUGCUACAGUGGUGGCUUUGCUCUAAAUGCUCUAAGGGGAGGUGCUGCGCAUGUCACUGGUGUUGAUACAUCGUUGCCCGCCCUGGGGCUUGCUAGAGAAAAUGUUGUUCUUAAUAACCUGGAUCCAGAAAGAAUAUUAUUUUUGAAAGAAGAUGCAACCGAAUUUAUGAAGGGAGCUCUUUCUAGAAGUGAGUCAUGGGAUCUAGUCAUUCUGGAUCCUCCUAAACUCGCACCACGGAAGAAGGUUCUACAAAGUGCAUCAGGCAUGUACAGAAAUUUAAACUCAUUAGCAAUGCGCUUAACAAAGAGAGGCGGUCUACUCAUGACCUGUUCAUGUUCGGGUGCUAUGACACAAAGUGGGAUGUUCUUCCGCAUUCUUCAGGGUGCCGCAUCAACAGCAGGGAGGAAAAUCACCAUCCUACGACAAGCUGGAGCAGCUUGUGACCAUCCUAUUGACCCAUCCUAUCCAGAGGGUGCAUAUCUGUCCAAUAUCUUACUCAGAGUAUUAUAAAAUGUGUGCUAUUGUGAAUACAAAGAAGAAGCAGCUUGUACUGUACUUUGAAUCAAUUGCUGAAAUACAAGCAGUAAUAUUGAACAUAUUCGUAUUGUUACUAUACAGAUCUAACAAGUGUGC